GAUUCAUAGAAGAAACUGGGAUAAAGGGCUUACGUAAGAGGAAGCAAUGAAUCCUUCUUGAAGCAUCAGACAGCAGGAGCUGUUGGCCAGAUGCUGCUGGAUGCUGACAGGGGAAAGCUGAUUCGGAGACAAGCGGCCAGAAAUGUUUGGACACGUUGUCAUUUUGGAUCUGGCAUCUGAGUGAGUGUCCCUGCUUCAUGAGGCUUUGAAUUUGAGCCCAGGCUGGUAACCGCUUUCGGAGCCACGCAGGUGGGAGGAUGUCGAGCACAGCUCCAUCGAAGAAGCCUUACCGCAAGGCUCCCCCGCAGCAUCGUGAGAUCCGCCAUGAGGUACCCAUCAUUCGUGAUGACCAGGAUGGAGUGAUCUUGGCCGAGCAGAGUCAGGAACCCUUGACGGAUGCAGAAAGGAUGAAGCUACUGCAGCAUGAGAAUGAGGAGCUGCGCCGACGGCUGACAUAUGUGACUAACAAAAUGGAGGCGAUGGAGAGGGAGCUGGAGUCAGGUCAGGACUACCUGGAGAUGGAGCUGGGCCAGAACCGUGAGGAGCUGGAGAAAUUCAAGGACAAAUUCCGUAGGUUGCAGAACAGCUACACUGCUUCCCAGAGAACCAACCAAGACCUGGAGGAAAAGCUGCAUGCCCUGAUCAAAAAGGCAGAGAUGGACCGCAAGACGCUGGACUGGGAGAUUGUAGAGCUCACUAAUAAAUUGCUUGAUGCCAAAACCACCAUCAAUAAGCUGGAGGAACUCAAUGAACGCUAUCGACAGGACUGUAACCUUGCAGUACAGCUGCUCAAGUGUAACAAAUCCCACUUCAGGAACCACAAGUUUGCUGAUCUUCCCUAUGAGCUGCAGGACAUGGUCAAUAAGCAUUUGCACAGCGCUCAGGAGUCCACAGGCCCUGGUCAAGAGGCAACCCACACCUUGGCUCCAUCUGAUGUUGUGCCUACCUCAGUCAUUGCCAGAGUCUUGGAGAAACCAGAAUCUCUGGUUUUGAAUUCAGCCAAGUCUAGCAGUGGCAGCUGUCCCAUGGCUGAGGAUGUCUUUGUGCAUGUGGACAUGAGUGGAGCCCCUCCUGAUGCCUGCAACAUGGGAGGGCAGAUGGGGAAGGAGGGAGGAGAUGCAGGGAAACAGCAGAAUGGUGCCUGCAAGCCACAGAGCAGUGUGGAAAGCGUGCCAGAAGAGGUGCCUGCCUUUGAGAAGCUAAGCCCAUACCCUACACCCUCUCCUCCCCAUCCUAUGUACCCUGGGCGCAAAGUGAUUGAGUUCUCUGAGGACAAGGUAAGGAUCCCAAAGAAUAGCCCCCUGCCCAACUGUACAUAUGCUACGCGCCAGGCCAUCUCACUCAGCCUGGUACAGAGUGAAGAUGAGAGCUGUGACAGGCUCCGGACGCUCCCCAACAGUCCUGCUUCAGAAGGGCGCCGUUCAGCCUCCAGCUGUUCCUGUCAGCAGUCCCCCAAAGCAGCCAGGGCUCACGGCUCUUCCCAGAGCAGCCCAUUCAGCAGCCCUCCGCAAAUCCCGAGCGCCUUCGCCAGCUCUGCCAGCUCCGAGGAGGACCUGCUGGCCAACUGGCAGCGUAUGUUUGUGGAGAAGGCACCCCCCACCUCAGAGCGGGUGCUGAUGAACCGCACGGCCUUCAGCCGUGACACAGCCCCUGAGCUCCAGAAGAGGUUCAGCCGCUCCAUGCAAGAGCUGGGUAGGGCAGCCUUGGCUUACUCAGAUGGUGAAGAGUCUGCGCAGAGCUGCAGCUGGACCGUGAGCCGGGACUCAAGCGUGGACACAGACAGCACUGAGUCCAGAGCCCACAGGAGCCAUUUCUCCUCAGACUAUGGUACAGAUUUCUCCCAGGAUGAAGCCCAGAAGCUGUUGCAGGAAAGCGGUGGAGGCACUGCUGAGCCUGGAAGCCCCUCACCACAGAAGCACAAGGACUAUGUGGACCUUGGCUUGCCUGAGAGCCCAGCUGAGGAAAGAGAAAUGUUGCUUCAGGGAAGCAAGGAGAGCAACCAAGGAGGUGCUCAAGAGGAAAGUGGAGAAGGCAGGGUCAAGCCUCCCUUCAGUCGGCCACACCGCAGCCCCAAGAGGAUGGGGGUCCACCACUUACAUCGCAAGGACAGUCUGACGCAAGCCCAGGAGCAGGGCAACCUUCUCAGCUGAGGCAGGGCAAGAAGCAGCCACACGCUGCAGAGCUGUGGGAUGCCUCCAUCUGUCCACCUUCUGAGGGAGAAACCUCCCUUAGUACUCUCCUCCUGGGGGGGCUCUGCUCUGAAAUUUUAUAUUUAUUCUCUUCUUCUGCUACCUGGAAGAGCUGGGGUCCCCCUUCCCUGGCACCUCAGACCCACAGUACUAGCACACACAGUGUGCAGAAGCACACCCACUGCCCCAGCACACUUGCAGCUCUUUUCACAGCCUCACACUGGUGCCUGUACCAGAGCUCGUUCUUGGUACCCCUCGUCCUGGUGCCUGUGCCUCUUUAUGCUCGCAUCUUCCUUCCCACUCAGGUACCUGAGGCCCUGGGUGCUCUCAUGCUGGUUGCCCACAGCUGCUCUGCUCUCUUUUAACUUGUGCCAACAGGGCAGAGUGCCUGCGUGGUGGUGUCUGAUUCCUGGGAGCCUGCAGGGGCCAUGAGUGGGGCACGAGGACUCCCAGCGGAUGGCUCUGGGCCCCUGGGGAUGUGCUGGGAUUGCUGGUGUCUCAUUUUCCUGCUGGGUUUUGUUUUCCCUGGCUGCCCUCUGGGUGAUUCUCCAGAAUCUGCCUCUGCAGGUCCCCAUCACUUGGCUCCUGUGUCAGGCUCAGCACCUGGCCCUGCUGAGGCAACACACGGAUGCUGGUGCUGUGGCAUGGGGCAUGGGUGCUCUCUACCGAGGUGGUUUGGGGAGGCACUGCCUGCUAGGCGCUGGGGUUUGUGUUUGUGUGUCUCCUCCCUCACACAUCUUCCCCCGCUCUCUGUGCUGUUAUUUUGUUUGAACGGUGCUGAUGCUUUGCUCUUGGGUGGGCUUCUUUCUUCUUUCCAAGCCUUUGGUUUUGGGGUGUAUUGUUUUUUCUUUCUCCCCACCCUGCAUAAACAGACACAGCCGUUGGCAGCCGGUCCAAUGCCUGCGUUGAGGGUGUGUUGAAGAGGCUCAGCUCUCAGAGCUGCGCUUCCCUCUGAUCCUGGCCUCCAGCCUGCAGAAACCCCUCCAGACUCAAGAAAAAGGUCUUGCCCCGGGCAAGCAAGGCACGAAGGACACUACUGGGCUUUUCUGGGCAGUGCUCGGUGCAGGGUUGGCAGGGAUGCAAGGGCAGUGUGCUGAGGAGCUGCUCCCUGUAGACGCACUACCUCACGGCUCGGCAGCAGCCCUUUGCCAGGGUCUCCUUGCAUGCCCCCUUCUCUGGGGGGCUCCAGGCUGGCUCUGGUGCCUCUCCGGGGCCUCCCCUUCUGGGUAGGGCCUCUCUGCGUGUUUUUCCUAGUGUAGCGUGAUAUUGUGUGACUUUUCUUCUCAGUCUUGUGUGCUCGAUGUCUUGUUGGGGGGGGAGGGAAGGGGAGAGGUCUGUAGAUGUAGGUAUUUUUUUGAGGGCUUACAAAGCCCAGGCGUCCUGUUUUAAUUUUGUCCUGUGCCCUCCUCUGUCUGGUGUUUCUUGACUCCUCCAGCGGUGUGAGGCAGAGAAUAGCCUGGUUCCCUGUGCUGUGCCCCCCUCAAACCCUGCUGGCUGUCCUCAGCCUGCUGUCUGGUUUUUGAGUUGGGUUUGUGUUGUCCUCCCACCCUACUCAAUGAGGGCUUUUCACUGGACUGUAGGAGAGCAGCCCUCUGUCCAGGAGGGAGCUCCUGUUCAUAUGCUUACAGCAAGAUGUGCAGCCAAGAGCUGCCUGGGGGCCCUGCUCCCCUCCACAAACCCCUCUCUCUGCAAAGGGCCUGCAGCUUGCAGCUGGGGCCAGCCGGGGCUUCAGCUUGAGCCUGGAGGCUCCAGGGCCUGUGAAAGGGAGCUGCAGGCCUCUCUGGUGGCUGUGUAGGUCGGUUUGUGUACCCUGGCUAGAGCUGCUGCCUACACACUUGCCUUGUUUCCCACCUCAAACAGUUGUGGAGCUGGAUGCCACCCUCUGGUGGGGAGGUGGGACUUGGUAUUUCACUACAGUAUUUUGCUUGAUACCUGUGCAAACAGGCUGGUGCUGAGAGCGGGAGCCUCCUCUGAGCCUGCAGGGUGUUCAUCUCCCCUGUCCUGAACGUGGUGGUGCGGUCCUUGUUUUUGCUCUCAUCAGCUGCUCCACUGCUGCAUUUGUUCUGUUCUUCUGCAGUGUUGCUGAGGGCUUGCAGCUGCAGCGGUUGCCAGCUCCUGCCUCACGGACAUCACCUGGGGUUGGAUGCUCACUGAGUGAGCUCCUCUGGCUCUGAGGCUGUUGGUGGCUUGCCUGUGGGACAGCACAGCCACUUGGGCCAUCGGGCAGGCAUUGCCACUCAGGGCUCAGCCCCAUCUCCCCUGAAUCCUGGCAUGCUGGUCAGGGGACAAAACCUGCUCUUGCUGAAGCAGCUGGUGUUGAUGGUGCUGGGCAGAGCCAGCCUCCCUCUGCUUUUGGUCAAAGUAGACUUAAAAGCAAAACAAUGGAGAAAUGGAGGGGUUGUAAAGGGGUGCCCAAUGCCUCACCAGACACUUCUGCUUCACAGCUUUAGGCUGCUGGCAGAGGUUGAGGGGGAGCGGUGGCCUCAAGAGGAGCAGAGCCCUCUUUCUCGGCGGGCACAGUGCCUGCCCUCUGCACUCCUGCACACCUCCAGCAGUAUUGGCUCUGGGGCCUUGAGCUGACCCCGCUUUCAGUGUCCCAACUCCAGACUGUUAAUCUGUAACUAAACUAAUGUGUUUUUUUCUGAAAUUUUCAAACUGAUGUAU